AUGUCUGGUUCUGCCGCUGCUGCCAAGGCUGCGACAAGUGCUGCCGCCGCCGCCGACGCUGUCACCACCAGCGCUGCCGCCGCCGCGACCACUACUACCGCCGCUGCUACAACUCCCACAACCAGCACAACGAGCAGUUCUACGAGCACAAGCGCCACUACUGUCUACGUCACUUCCACUGAAUCAAAUGGCCUCGUCACCAGCGUGCCAUCGACCAUCACCUCCUCCAGUGCAACCACCACGGGCGCGCUAUCGACUUCGACCGCUGCCGCCUCUCACGGCCUGUCUGCUAGUGGCACUAUCGCUGUGGCAGUCGUUGUACCCGUUGUCUCCGUCGCGCUGAUCGCUCUAGCCGCCAUAUUCCUCUGGCGUAAGCGCAAGGCGAAGAAGGCCGCAGAAGAGGAGCGCCGUAAGGAAGUCGAGGAGUAUGGUUUCAACCCGAACAACGAUCCUUCUGGAAUGGGUGGGGUGUCACUCAAGGACGAUCACUCAUCAGGAUACCGUGGUUGGGGUACCACCUCAGCCGGACGCAAGGCCUCGACCAACCUGUCCAACGGAAUGGGAAUCGCCAUGUCCGAGGGCAGCGGUGCUGGCGGCUACCACCACGGCGCAACCCCGAGCGAAGGCACUGUCCAAUACUCAGACGGUGUUCGUCCGGACUCUGGUGAGAUGGAGCCCAUCGAGCCUAUUGGCGUACUAGGCGCCGUUCCCGUUUCAGCUAACCGUAAUGGUGAUAUCCAUCGUGGACCCUCCAACGCCUCUUCGGCCUACUCAAAUGCCAAUCGAUCCGAGGCUUCUGAAGAAAGCCACCUGUCUACUCACCAAGCACCCGGGCCCUACUACGGUGAAAACCCUUACUAUGGCGAGGCUACGGGACAUGGUGCUUGGGGUACACCCGAAGACUAUCAACCUGUGAUCCGGGAUGUGACGGCACGUCGCAACACUCGCAUUGAAAACCCAGGCGUAUACCCACGACAAGGGAAUGCAGGCAUUGCCCAGAACUUCUAA